CCAGUUAGCUCCCAAGCUGUGUCCCGCCUUGCGCUCAGUCGGUGCGUCUUGUACUGGCAGGCCUGAACUGAUAAAAAAAUUCUGCUUCAGCUCGUUCGCGGGCACGGCACUCCCGUUCUAUUGUUACUUCAAAUGCCCAGACGCCAUGGCACAGCUGACAGCAAGGUUAGCCGUGGCCGCUGUGGUGGUACUGUUUCGCCAUGCUUCUGCCGAUGAGGCAGUAGAGGAGAGCUCAACGCAAAGCGUGCCAGACCUUUUGGAGUGCUACGAGUACGUAGUGGUGGGUGCCGGAUCCGCGGGAAGCGUUGUGGCCAGCCGACUGUCUGCCAAUACUUCAUUCAAUGUGCUCCUCCUUGAAGCCGGCCUCGAGGAGACGCCCGACCUGCUUGUUCCUUUCAACUCUCCAUUCGCGGCCAAUGUUAACAACACCUGGAUGUACGCCACGGUACCGCAAAACAAUUCGUGCCUGUCUUUCCCAGGCCAGAUGGCAGUCCUGACCUUGGGCAAAAUUAUGGGCGGCACGAGUUCAAUCAACUCGAUGAACUUUGUCCGUGGCAGCAGGCACGACUUUGACAAGUGGGAAAAAGAAUACAACGCCACUGGCUGGAAUUACUCGUCUGUGUUGGAGAACUUCAAGGCUAUCGAGAACUUCAACCAGAGCAUCGGGUCCGAGGAAGAGAGAAAGAAGUACCACGGCUUCAAUGGUGAGACGCCGGUGAAUUAUCCCCGCUACAAUACGUCACUGAGCUAUGCUUUCCUUAAUGCGUGCAGGGAAGCUUGUUACAGCUACGUCGACUACAACGGCGAAAAUCAUACAGGGUACUCAAGAGUACAGUCCAACACUGCCUACGGAAUCAGAUGGAGCGCCAAUAAGUGCUUUUUAAAGAGUGGGCAACAGAACCGCACAAAUCUUCACAUCUCUAUGAACAGCACCGUCACUAAGAUAAUCUUCAACAAGGAUAAUCGAGCCACACACGUAGUUUUCCUCAAAGAUGGCGUCGAAAGGAACGUAACCAUCGGCAACGAGCUGAUACUGUCGGCAGGAGCAAUCAACACUCCAAAGCUGCUCAUGGUCUCAGGAAUCGGACCUAAACAGGAUCUGGAAGAACGCAAUAUUACACCUGUGGCGGACCUUCCAGUGGGUGUGGGACUCAUGGAUCACAUCAUUUUCCUGGGCCUUGUCGUUACUACGACUAACGAUCUCGUAGGGAAUACGUGCAGUUCAGGAGGAAACUGCAUCGCUAACGGGCUUCUCACUAUACCUGGUGCAUUCGAAGCGCUGCUUUUCACCACUAGCGGUGAAAACUCAACCGGACUCCCGGACUAUCCUGACAUAGAGCUGGAAUUAACGGACCUUUUUCCUGAUCCACGAAUUCAACAGUCACCAUACGUUUCGAAUCACACGUAUGAGAAAUAUUACAUGCCGAUGUUCAACAAAACUGGCUUCAUGAGCGCUGUCGCCAUGGUGCAACCAAAGUCCCGUGGAACCGUCAAGCUAAACAAGACACACCCGGAAGCACCGCCACUGAUCGACCUCCAGUUUCUAUCUGAAAACGAGGAUGUGGAGCGAAUCGUGAACGGUACCCUUAAAGUAAUGCAGCUCUUCAACACGAAUGCCAUGAAAAAAAUUGGUGCUGAAAUUUGGAACGGGUCUUACCCGAACUGUGAGAAUCACACCAUUUGGUCACCGGAGUACAUAGCAUGCUUCGUCCGGCAGGCUGCUUUCCCUGGACAACACGUUUGUUGCACAUGCCCUAUGGGCGACCGAAAUGACUCAGUCGUCGACUCGAGACUAAGGGUGAGAAAUGUUACCAACGUGAGAGUCAUCGACGCUUCAGUGAUGCCCAGAAUCCCAGCCGGAAAUAUUAAUGCGGCCGUCCUGAUGAUCGGCGACAAGGGAGCCAAGAUGGUGUUAGAAGACUACAACACUCGUGUGAGACGAGCCUGAGCAGCGAAUAAUAUUUUCCAGCGUUACGCGCCGCUGCCACAGCAGUGUAGCGCGCAAUUUUAUUGAAUAAGCUCAAAUAAACGCUUAUCUACCUUC